AUGAAACGUUCUAAGUUAAGUGGAGACAAAUAUAGGAAAUUGGCCAAGGAAAAAUUGGAAAAACAAAGAUUGGCUUUAGAAAAUGUCCCGAAAAUUAAUACAUUAUUUAGUAAGGAAGUAAUUACUACAGAGAUAGAGUUACAAAAUAAAACUAAAACAAGUAUUUUUAGUAAAGAUCCUUCUCAAUGGAUACGAACAGCCGACUUUAUUCACUUUGUGGCAUCACACGGUGUUGAUCAAAAUAUGAACUCAGACUUUUCAAACUCCAAACGGAUAUACUCUGACCAAAGUAGAUAUUUAACUAAAUCUAUGUUCUAUAGGAUAUUAUCAAACAAUGAAAAAAUUCUUAGAACGUGGUUAGUUUACUCAGAAAUUAAAGGGACUGUAUUUUGCGCACCGUGUUGGUUAUUUCGUGACGACUCUGAUUUGGCUACUACAGGUUUUAAUGACUGGAAAAACGCUUGUUCGAGGUUAAAACAACAUGAAAAUUCUAUAAAUCAUAAAAACUGUUUAAUUCAAAUACAAAACAUCAAUCAAACUAAGGAAAAAGUAGAUUCAAGAUUAAUGAAUCAAAUUGAUGGGGAAAAAAACUAUUGGAAAAAUAUUUUAUUGCGAAUUGUUGCCGUAGUUAAAUCACUUGCCUUACGGGGACUCCCUUUUCGGGGUGACAACGAGUUAAUUGGUUCUUCGAAAAAUGGAAAUUUUCUUAUGUCAAUAGAAUUAAUAUCUGAAUUCGAUCCAUUUUUGGCCCAACAUAUUAAUAAAUACGGUAAUGCCGGUCGAGGAUCAACAUCAUAUUUAUCAUCAACUGUUUUUGAAGAAGUAAUUUCUUCAAUAGCGGAAAAAGUAAACAAAUAUUCUGUUGAUGAAAUUAAACGUAGAAAAUACUUUUCCAUUAUAGUUGAUUCAACUCCUGACAUUACGCACAUUGAUCAGCUUUCCUUUAUUGUGAGAUAUGUAAAUGACCAAGGUCUACCAGUUGAACGAUUUCUUGAAUUUAUACCAAAAGCGGGUCAUAAGUCUGCAGAGUUAUUUGAUGUAGUCAAUGAUCUCAUAAAACGUUACGGUUUGGAUUGGUCCAACUGUAGGGGACAAUCAUAUGACAACGCUAAUAAUAUGUCCGGCAGUUAUUCAGGUCUCCAAGCACGAGUUAAAGAAAUAAAUAAUUUAAUAUAUUUUGUUCCAUAUGCGGCAUAUUUGUAA